AUGGCGACUACGGCAACCAUGGUAACUACAGAAGCUGGCCAGCCCCUCGAAGCCCAAACCAGAACGGCCCUGACCAAAGCAACCAACUACGCCUGGGAGAUUAUCUCCCAGCGCCACUGGUGCGGCGAGCUCGAGUCUAACCGCCAAUGGCUGCUGUCGCAGCAAAACGCCGACGGCUCUUGGGGCAUCGCACCCAACUUCCCCGGCGACGUCUCCACAAGCGCAGAGGCAUACCUAGCCAUGAGAAUUCUAGGAAUGUCCCCAGACAGCCCUGAGCUAUUCCAAGCGCAAACCUUUAUCCGGGCCGCCGGUGGGCUCUCCAAGAUGCGCAUGUUCACCCGCAUCUUCUUCGCCGAGUUCGGUCUUGUCCCUUGGACUGCCGUGCCCCAGCUGCCCACAGAGUUUAUUCUUGUUCCCGCGCACUUCCCCAUCAGCAUCUAUCGCCUUGCCUCGUGGGCGCGCAGCAACGUUGUCCCGCUCCUUAUAAUCGCCCACCACAGACCGCUCUACCCCCUCCCCAACGGGCUACACCAGCAAAAUCCAUUUCUGGAUGAGCUCUGGCUGGACCCGGCCACAAAGCCUCUCCCAUAUGGCUCCUCUGACCCAACUGACCCUGUCUCCUUUUUCUUUACCAUCCUUGAUAAAGCCCUCUCGUAUCUCGGCGGCCUCCGCCGGUUUCCCACAAGAGGCUACGCGCGCCGUCGCUGUAUACAGUGGAUACUGCAGCACCAAGAGAAAACCGGUGACUGGGCAGGUAUCAUCCCGCCCAUGCACACUGGCAUCAAGGCCCUUUUGCUCGAGGGGUACAAGUUGCAUGAUGAGCGUAUCCAGCUUGGUCUAGCGGCCAUCGAACGCUUCACCUGGGCAGACAAACGUGGCAAGCGCCUCCAAUGCUGCAUCUCCCCCGUCUGGGACACGGUGCUCAUGAUCCGCGCAUUACAAGAUACUCCCGCCUCUCUGGGCAUAAAAUCGGACCCCCGCAUCGCCGACGCCCUGGCCUGGACGGCUGAGAACCAGCACCGCGGCCCCGAGGGCGACUGGCGCUACAAUAACACAUGGUACCCAGAUAUCGAUGAUACGGCUGCGGCGGUUCUAGCAUUUUUGACGCGUGACCCCGCCACCGCGCGGUCGAGGCUCGUGCGCGAUGCGGUGCUGUGGAUUGUGGGCAUGCAGAAUGCCGAUGGCGGGUGGGCGGCGUUCGACCAUGAAAAUAACCGAUUGUUUCUGAACAAGAUCCCGUUUAGCGAUAUGGAAAGUCUUUGUGAUCCAAGUACACCGGAUGUGACAGGGCGGACCAUUGAGUGUUUGGGGAUGUUGCGCGAUUUGCUUAUGCUUCCGGCCGAGAAUCCCGGCAAGGGGGAGAAAUAUGGAUAUUCAGAUGGAGAGAGCGAUGCAGCAGCGGAUCCACAACUCCUCAAAACCAUCAACAGCGCCUGCGCCCGCGCAAUCCCAUACCUCAUCCGCACUCAGGAAGCAACGGGCGCCUGGUACGGCCGAUGGGCGGUAAACUAUGUUUAUGGUACCUGCCUCGUUCUCUGCGGGCUGCAGUACUUCAAGCAUGACCCGAAAUUCGCGCCGGAAAUACAAACCAUGGUGAAUCGUGCAGUGAAGUGGCUAAAGCAGAUCCAAAACUCUGACGGCGGGUGGGGUGAAUCCGUCCUCUCGUACCGCGAGCCUGGCGGGCCGGGUGCGGACCUUCCACGCCCUCGCACACGGCAUGGGCGCUGGUGGGUAUUUUGA